AUGAGCACCUUUGGCAGCCCCGGCGGACGCACCACCGUCCAGAAGCCCAUCCCUCCCGAGCGUGGCUCUUUCCCGCUGGACCACGAAGGCGAGUGCAAGCCCAUUAUGGCACAGUAUCUGCGCUGCCUGCGCCAGCACCGUGGCACCAAUGAUCCGGAAUGCCGCCUGCUCUCCAAGUCCUAUCUCAAGUGUCGCAUGGAGCGCAACCUCAUGGCACCGGAUGAAAUGAAAAAUCUUGGCUUCUCCGACGACAACGACACAAGCAGCGCGUCAGCC